UGAGUCAGAAAUAUGAAUGGCCAUGGUUUCAUUUCAUCAUCACUUGUUGAAAAGAAAUUAGAAAGAGAUAAUAAAGAAUAAAGGAUUGCAAGCAAUUUGAUUGUUAAUAACUUCAGCAGCAUCCAUGGCACUUGCUCAAUCUCUUUCCGUUUCCCUUUGCGAUACACGUGUUUUCGCCUCAACUAAAUACCCUUACCCUGCCUCUGCUCAAUUUCUUAAACCCACUUUGCUUCCUGCUCGAGCAUCCUUCGCCACUGGUUCUCCACUUGUCAUUCGGAGAAACCAUGAAAGGAAGACCGCAUGCAAAGCAAUGCCAGUUUCGAUAAGAUGUGAGCAGAACACCAAGGGAGGGAACGGUUUGGAUGUAUGGCUAGGCCGGGGAGCCAUGAUUGGUUUUGCAGUAGCCCUUUCUGUUGAAAUUGCUACCGGAAAGGGACUCCUAGAGAUUUUGCAGAACUUUGGAGUCUCAAGUCCACUGCCAACAGUUGCCCUAGCCGUAACAGCACUGGUGGGUGUCUUGACGGCAGUUUUCAUCUUUCAGUCAGCGUCAGAAAACUGAUCACAUAUUUAGGCUGGUCUUAUUUGUUGUAAAUUCUGUAGUUUCAAAUUGAAAUUUCAUUUUUCAAGUAACAUUUUCAUCACUAUUUUGUUGUAAUAUUUGUCUUGGUGAAAAGAAUUGUCAUCAAUAUUAAUACUGAAAGGUUAAAGUAAUGGAAGCAUUAAUUAUAUUCAUACGUCAA